AUGGAUACGAGAAACGCAUUUCUUAAUCUCAAAGUAAGAUCUGAAUAUUAUCGGAUGUAUCAUAUGUCGACUACCAAAAAAUCAUCUCAAGUCAGUGAAUUUUAUCUUGCAUGUCGAAAUGGUGAUGUAGAUCUUGUGAAAAAGUAUCUGAUGGCUCUCAAACAAACCAAAGAUGAUCUGAAUCCUUUGGAACCAAAUGUCAAUAGUACACCAUUACAUGCUGCUUGCUUCUAUGGUCACAAAGAAAUAGUUGAACUAUUGGUGGAACAUGGAUGUGAUCGAUCGAAAAUAAAUGGAUAUGGCUUAACUGCUUACGAAGAAGCUGCCAAUGAUGAAAUUCGACGACUAUUUAAACGACCACAAGGUUUCAAUUGUAGUCGACGUUUUCAAGAUGAAUUUACAGAAGAUUGUUUCGAUUUUGUUCGACGACCAAAAGAAGACAAAAAAGAAACAGUUGUUCCCGUUACGACGUCAUCGUCUGAAACAAAAAAAAUACCAACGGUUCAAACUUACAAAACAAAAGCUGAAAAACAACUUGAAAUUGGUUAUGCUACUACAUCAAUAACUAUGUGUCAAUCAAAACUCGGAAGAUUUAUCGCUGAUAAAUUCAAUGACAAUGCACCAAUGUCAUUGAAUGCCAUUGUUAAUCGACUUCAAGAUAUAAUUGACAGAGAACUCACAGCUAACAAAGAUCCAGAAUCGUCUAAAGCAAAUGAAUUAUUAUAUAAAUUUUUAACAGAGAAUUCCAAUGAACAUAUUAAACAUCUCAUACGUUUAUACACAUUGGAAACAGAUUUUUAUCGUUCUCUAAGACAAAAUCCAAUGCCAUUAGCACUACCUUUGUAUAUAAAAUUACAAACAUUACAAGAUCGAUAUUUCAAAGGAUUAUCGUAUCGUGGUGCAAAAAUGGCUGAUGAUGAAAUAGCAACAUACGAAUGGGCUGUUCAUAAUC